GGUGUGUCUCAGUGCUCUACAUUAAAAUCUGUAAACAAAGCCUGUAAUUUUAGUGCUGGCUAGGAUCUAGGAUGGAAUCUCUCAAGGAUUUGCCCAGUUACAAUAAAGAUAACUUCUCCAACUUCACCCAAGGAUUUAGUAAGACUGCAGUCAAGAUUAAUCAUUAUCUGAGGGUGAACACUAAUGACAGCAGCAAGAAAAAACCUUUAGAGAUAGUGACGGAUAUGGAGUCAUUGCUACUCAGAGAUUUGCAGAGAGAAGCAAAACAAAGACAACGUCUCAAGCGCUGGUCUCAAGGAUCCCCAUCACUGGCUGUCAAGAUGAGCAAAACUGAUGACAGUAGUCAAUCUAGUGACUCUAGUAUGUCAUCAUGAGCUUAUUUCGGCAUGUAACGUACACUUUUUUAUCGUAGCACAAUCACGAUGUCAAAAUAUAUUCAUUUAUUAUGCAA